GCUGGCAUCAAGAACAGGAAUGUAGAAGCUGGAAUGAUUCAGAUUCUUUGGUGUUUGAUGAAUAUCAAUGUAGACAUUUAGACCAAUGGCUGGAGAGCUCUUCAACACCAGAAGAUUCAAGGCCUCUUUCUAGUUGCCCUGACUGGGAAGGUAGAAUUGAAGAAGGCAAAACAAUGAGGACAUCAAAUAAAAAAAAGACCAAUUCUGUUUCAAGUGAUUCUUCUAAUCCAGCUGAAAGGGAAACAGAUGAAGUGGUUCUGAGGAGAAGACAAAAACAGAUCAAUUUUGGAAAGAAUACCCUUGCAUAUGACAGAUACAUUAAAGAAGUUCCAAAGAAUCAGCGAAUACCAGGAGUUCAUCCUAGAACUCCCAACAAAUUUAAGAAGUACAGCCGUAGAUCCUGGGACCAGCAGAUCAGGCUGUGGAAGAUAGCACUGCAUGCCUGGGAUCCUCCUACUGAAGAAACCUGGGAUCUGCAGCCAGUUAGUACAGAACCCUCAGGCAGUUCCCAGGAAUGGUUCUGCAAAGAUCAGGAUGUUUCUGGCUCCCUUGUAUUUGAUGAAAAGCAGAAGAGAAAUGAGUGCGAAGAUGAAUGCAGACAGACCGACUACACACCGGAGAGUUCCUGUUCUCCUGAUUCUUCUCCAGUAUGGAAACGCAGAAAAAGAAACAAUUCUGACUCCUCUGUGGUUUCAAAGAGCAAAAACCAUUAUGUGCAUAUGUACCACACACUGGAAAGUUUUACUGAAUCAGGACAUCAGGAGGCUUUUUCAAAGAGCUCAGAGUGGGAAGCCUUUGGUGAAAAUGACGAAGUAAUGACAGUACAACAUGGUAUAGAAAUAACAAGUGACCCAAUUCCAGCCAGUUGUUCUUCAGGAUGGAACAAUCAGAAACAGAAAAAAACCAACUUCUUUCUGCCUGACAGCAAAAGUUGCAGAGAUACAGACUGCAGGCUGGAGAGAAGUACCGAAGAAGGACGACUUUCUCCUGUGACAGAAAAUGAUUUGAAGAAUAGGGAUAUAGUCUGAGAUCAUCCUUGGAAAACUGGUGCAGUCGCAUAAGAUCUGCACUGAAAGAGGAAGAGAUUUACAGUCAGCAUAUGUGCAAUCGACAUAAGGUGAAAUAUGCAGGUUUCUCCAGAUCUUUAAGGAUAGAUUGUUUUCUGCAAGCUCUGCCUCAAGUGUAAAACUUCAGAUUCCAUUAAGUCUGUGCUACGAUGAUGAUGGAUGUUCCUUAAAGCUUUUGUGAGAAUGUUUCUGCUUUACCUGUGUUGGCAGAUGCCAUGUACAUCAUACUGUAAAGGCUACUUCAGUUGAUGGAUCCUGCUGUUGCCGUUUGGAGAUCAUGCUACUUAGAGUGCGCUCAUGUUAUGCUGGUGAAUUGGUCCAAUAUCAAGUCGGACUGAAGAGUGCCACCCCUUAAACCAAGGAGUUAAACCCUGUUUCCUCUACUGGACCAGAAUUGUACAUCCAGCCUGAAGAACUGCUUCAAAAUAAUGUAGAUAAUUCCAACCUUUCUCCAGUUGUUAAAGACAAACUGUUCUUAGCUUUUGAAUUGGGUGAUCUUCCAUUUGGCUUAUUUACUAUUCUCUGAGAUAAGAUAUAUUAAGCUAGCAUUUGCCUAAGCCUAGUGAGAGAAGAGAAAGGAAGGGUAGAUGGUUUAUCAAAAUCAGCUCCCUCUCUUUAAGGGGAGGAGUGACUGUUUGAACAGCAACACAGCCUAAAUACCUGGAUUUUACUUUUGUGUAUGUUGCAGCCUGACCUGAAGAGGCAAUCUCCUGCUGAGAGUAUGAGGAUGAGUUCAGUGCCUGCUGUUCCCACAGGAAUUGGAGGUGACCAGCAGUAUGCUCUUAGGCAUGGGGUGUCCAGGCUAAGGGUUGUGACGGUGUUGAGAUAAGCUCUCCUUUGUUUUACUCUCUAGCACUGUGCUCGGAAGGUAAAAGUGAGGGCUGAGGCUACAGUGGAGUUUAGACCAGAUUCAUGUGCCAGUUACCAGGUUAUUUUUUACAGUCCUUGUGGCAUUUUAUGUAGCAUGUACUGGGAUACAAAUGUCUGUUAGAGCUGGGAAUUGUCUCUUUGCAGUAGUUCAGUUUGGCUCUUCACAAGGCCACUGCAGAACUGUGGCGGUGCUCAGGAUGACACAGCCUUGCUGUGGGGCUGGCAGUGUACCCAAGGGCCAAAAGCCCACUGUGCUACUGAAGUGGAAGCAAGCUGCUUCCCCAGAAACUACUCUGUCCCUUCCAAAAUGUUAUUUCCAGGCAUGCUCAGGCAUGGGGUUCAAUACUGUCCCGGCACACGGGUGGCUCAGUCACAUGCCACAGAGCGUGGAGUGUGUGUAUACAAGGAACACAUCUCUACAGGACUUUUUUAAGAAGUAAUAUUUAGAACCUUGUUGUUCCAGUGUGCAUGCUUCCAUGUGAUUUAUGAUGAUUGUAAAUAAGGGAAUGCGUUACAUUUUUGGCAUUUUGUCUUUAUGCAGAAGAAUUAAAGACUUUAACUUUAAA